CGUUUAUUCGCAGCCAUGGCGAUCCAGAAGAAGCACGGCAAAGGCCGUCUCGACAAAUGGUACAAGCUCGCAAAAGAAAAGGGCUACCGUGCUCGUGCCGCCUUCAAGCUCAUCCAGCUCAACAAGCGAUUCAAUUUUCUCGAGAAGAGCAAGGUCUUGAUAGAUCUUUGCGCCGCGCCAGGAUCAUGGUGUCAAGUCGCCGCAGAAGUCAUGCCUGUGAACUCCCUCAUCGUCGGCGUCGAUCUCGCCCCAAUCAAGUCCAUUCCUCGCUGCAUUACCUUCCAAUCCGAUAUUACGACCGAUAAAUGUCGCGCGACGCUCCGCCAACAUCUGAAGACCUGGAAGGCGGAUACUGUGUUGCACGAUGGUGCGCCCAACGUUGGUACCGCAUGGGUGCAGGACUCCUUUAACCAGGCCGAGCUCGUGCUGCAGUCUCUGCGACUAGCGACAGACUUCUUGGUGGAGGGCGGCACAUUUGUCACCAAGAUUUUCAGGUCGAAAGAUUACAAUUCGCUGCUCUGGGUUUUCAAUCAGCUUUUCACAAAAGUCGAAGCCACCAAACCUCCCUCCUCGCGAUCCGUUUCCGCCGAAAUCUUCGUCGUAUGCCGUGGCUACAAAGCACCAAAAUACCUCGAUCCCAAGUUCCUCGACCCCCGCUCCGUUUUCGCCGAACUUGCUGCUCCCGCUCCGAAUAACGAGGCCAAGGUUUUCAAGCCUGAGAUCAAGAAGAGGAAGAGAGAGGGUUAUGAGGAGGAUGACUGGACACAGUUCAAGGAGGUCCCUGUAUCCGAUUUCAUCCAGACGACAGAUCCGAUCGCCAUGCUCGGAGGUCUCAAUAAGCUCAGCUUCGACCAGAAGCCCAAUGGAGAUAUCGCACUAGCUACCAUAGACAAACUACCCGAAACCACAAAGGAGAUUCGCGAAUGCUGUGCCGAUUUGAAAGUUCUGGGACGAGCUGACUUCAAGAGGCUGCUGAAGUGGCGGCUGAAGGUACGGGAGAUAUUCGGAUUUCCUUCCAAAAAGUCCGAAAAGGAGAAAGCAGAGAAAGAGAAAGCUGCAGCUGAGGAUGAAGAAGUCGCCCAGGUCGAGUCCAUGGACGAAGGGUUGAAGAUUCAAGCAGAGAUGGAGAGACUCAAAGAACGCGACUCCAAGGUCAAGCGCAAAGAACGGCGGCGCGAAAAUGAGCGCAAGCAGAAAGAAUUAUUUCGCCUGCAGAUGCACAUGACCACACCUAUGGAGAUAGGUAUGGAGCAACAUGGGCCUAACGGAGAUGACUCCAUGUUCAUGCUGAAGACUGUGGACAAGGCUGGUGGACUUGGUCAGAUUGCCAAGGGUAGGAUGACGAAGGUCGUGGAAGAGGAGAAGCCGCAGGAAGAAAGCGAGGAAGAGUCAACCGAUGACGAAGAGGAUCGGUUAGAGCGUGAACUUGAUGGAAUGUACAAUGAGUAUCAAGAGCGAAAAGCUUCAUCCGAUGCAAAGUACCGCGCGAAGAAAGCGAGGAAGCAGCACGAAGAUGCCGAGUGGCAUGGCUUCUCGGAUAAAGACGAGGGAAGUGAUGGUGAUGAAGAUAUGAUUGAAGAAGAAGCGAGUGAUUCCAGCGAUAGCGAUGAGGAGGAAGUGCGGAAAUCUUUGGUCACCGAUCUGAAUCCAGAAAACCAGCCAGGAACUCUCACGAUACGCGCAGAACGAUUCUUCGACCAGGACAUCUUCAAAGGUAUCGAUGGCUUGGACGACCUCGAAGAGAAUGAGGACGAAGAUAGUGGGAUUGAUAUCGAGGCCGAUGCAGAGGAUAUUCCCGUCCGGUCCUCGAAGCCUCUACCCUCCGAGAAAGUCACAAAACCCAAACUCGGGAAGAAGAACGCGAAUGCUACGCCCCUGGGCGAAGUCACUUCAGAAUCGAACGGAAUCGCCAAAGAAUUCGAUGCCGACUCGGAAGACGAAUGGUCCGACGAAGAAACUAAAGGCGGCUUCGAAUCUGUCAAACGAACGGACUCUACCUGGGAUGAAGACGCCGUCCCCAUGAAGAACGGCCGCCCAGAUAUCGACAUUAUCACCGCCGAAGCCAUGACCCUGGCGCAAGAUCUCGCUUCCGGAAGGAAAACUAAGUACGACUUACUUGAUGAUGGGUUCAACAAGUAUGCCCUCCGCGAUACCGACGGCCUCCCGGAUUGGUUUCUCGACGACGAGGGAAAGCACUCGAAGCCGCAUCGACCCAUCACGGCCGCCGGUGCCGCUGCUAUCAAAGAAAAGACGCGAGCUCUGAAUGCGCGGCCCAUCAAGAAAGUCCGUGAAGCGAAAGAUCGGAAGCGCUUUAAGGCUGCGCAACGGCUCGAAAAGCUGAAGAAGAAAAGCGCAUUGCUCGCGGAUGAGGAGGGUAUGACGGAGAAAGAGAAGGCGCAGGGCAUCGCGCGCUUGAUGAGCAGAGCCGCCAAGAAGAAGCCGAAGCAAAAGGUGGCCGUUGUAGUUGCUAAAGGUGGGAAUAGAGGUCUGAAGGGCAGGCCGAAGGGUACCAAGGGCAAGUAUAAGAUGGUUGAUGCCAGGAUGAAGAAGGAUGCUAGGGCCGAAAAGCGAUUGAAGGAUAAGACGAAGAAGAGGUGAUGAGAUUGUUCCGAGCGCAUCCGAUAGAUGCUCUUGGAAUGUAGUUAGCUUUCAUGAGAUUUUAAUGGGUCUUCACACUUGUCUGGCACCGUCAGGCGUUCUUCAACGCAUUUUCAAAACAUAAGCAAAGCGCAAGAACAUUAUUUUGACCAACAGGAUAGAGCGUUGGUCUACUUCAGACGCCUCUGUAC